GGCGGGGUAACUGUCGUGCGCGCGCCUGACGGCUGGAUCGAAGCGGAGAGCGCAUGGACGCGCCGACUGGAGGGACCUGCAUCGCGACAUGACGAGAACCCCCCCGAAGCCCCCAGUGGCCGUGCGAAAACGGGAACGCGAUGUUCAUCUGUUGUACGGGUCUGCCUUUCGGGACCUGCCCAAGAUCGAGGCCCCCGAUCAGCACCACACGCCCCGCGCAUCGGCCGACUCCACCUUGAUCGCCCUCGCCCAGCUCGCUGCGACGCGCCUGCAAGCUGCACGCGCAUGCGUGACCUUGAUAGACGAAAACCACCAGCAUUUCUUAGCUGAAGCCACACCAACUCUUCCACUCCGCCCGAAGCCCGAGGAUGCCGCCGCGGCGCUGUGGCUGGGCAAUGUUAGCGUUCCGCGCUCGUGGGGCGUGUGUGAAGAGGUGCUGGAAAUGAGGACCGACGCCGCCCUGGUCAUCAACGACCUUUUGCAGGAUCAGCGAUAUGCCCAGAAAAGCUUCGUGCAAGAGGGUCCCAGAUGGCGCUUCUACGCAGGGGUUCCCUUGAUUAGUCCUCGCAACACCGUCGUAGGCGUGCUAUCACUCUGGAACCACGAACCUCGCUCCGAACCUGGCCUCUCUAAUAUAGAUGUUACGCUUCUCCAGGACUUUGCUGCAACCAUUACAAAGUAUCUGGACACGUACACUCUCAGAGACCAGUACCAGCGCGGCGAGCAGUUUACCCGCGGUUUGCUGUCUUUUGCCCAGGGAGCAUCUGCAUUGAAACCUUUCAAGGUCUUUUCAGAUGACGGCUCGAAUCGCUCUGGGUCCGCUGGGUCCGCUGGGACCGGGUCAGCUCACAGUGCCCAAGUCUCGUCCCUAGGUUCGCGGACUAUUCAGGCUUCAACCUCCAACGAGAGAUCCAUUGGCACGCUCCAAAAUUCCAUCCUACCUUUGCACUCCAAGGACAUGUUCUCCCGUGCUGCCAACGUCAUGAUGGCCUCCAGCAAUCUAGACGGUGUGUUGAUACUUGACGCAUCUGUUGCAGCGACUGGCCACCGUCAAUUCCCGGGAAGUAAUGAAGAGGAAGCGGGUUCGGGAGAAUCGUCGAAUUCCGCCUCUUCGAGUAGCGAUACUGGUAGCACCGUGAGCAGUCGCCACGAGAUGCACGAGGAAAAGUCGCCCAAAAAGUGCUCGGUCCUUGGCUAUGCAUUACGCGGGAGAUCUAACAAUGACGGAACCGAGUUUGGCACUUUGCUGGAACGAGACCUUGCGCGGUUGCUCAAAGAGUGGUCUACAGGGAAGAUCACAAAUUUCACCGCCACGGGUGCAUCUGUGUCGUCCACCGAUGACACAUCUUCGAAUGCCAGUGCUGGAGAAGAGGGCGCGUUAGAUCCGAAAAAGAAGGGCGGCCGAAGAUUCAGGAGUUCAGCUGCGGUCCAUGCCCUGCUUCCCAAUGCGAGGAGCGUUGCGUUUGUGCCAUUUUGGGACUACGAGCGCUCGAGAUGGUUUGCCGGGUGCCUAUGUUGGAGCAACAGCCCACAGCGCCUGCUGUCCUCGACUGUGGACCUCAAUUACUUCAAGAUAUUCAGCGACUCCAUUAUGCGAGAGCUGUCCAGGUUAGAUGCUCUUGCAUCACAUCAGCAAAAGACCACGUUCGUGGCGUCCAUCUCUCACGAACUGCGUUCCCCAUUACAUGGAAUCCUCGGUACCCUCGAAUUCAUCAAGGAUACGAAACUUGAUUCUUUCCAGAUCAGCAUGCUGAACUCUUUGCAUUCAUGCGGACAAACUCUUCUCGACACGAUUAAUCAAGUAAUGGACUACGCAAAGAGCAAUGAGGCUGGGAAGACCGUUUCUUCUCGAAGGCUUAAGAACUCUAAUACGAUACGUCUUUCUUCGAAACCACUAAAGACACGCAAAAUCAAGCAGCCGUCUUUCGAUUUGAGACUCGCCACUGAAGAAGUCGUUGAAGCUGUAUUUUCCGGCUCUCUAUACAUCCCCGUACUCGAUCCUAAUGAGAGCGUCACAACGCCACCAACCGAGCCCGAAUUCAAUCCUGUGCUGAACGAAGAGCUACCUACAUCAUCAAAUCGCAAGCAGUGUUACAUUGUACUGGACCUAGCCCAAGACGACGAUUGGGUUCGUUGCUUUCCCGUGGGUGCGUGGAAACGAAUUGUCAUGAAUCUCUUUGGAAACGCCAUCAAGUACACCGAGAGUGGUCAUAUCCAAGUAUCGUUAAGAAGCAGUGAAUCCAAAGACAGCGAUAAAGGAGAGGCCACGAGCACCAUCACCCUCACAAUCAAGGAUUCCGGCGCCGGCAUGUCCCCUUCGUUUCUGGCAAACAAGGCUUUCCAGCCGUUCUCACAGGAGAACUCACAUUCUUCGGGGGUGGGCUUGGGACUCAGUAUCGUCCGACAAAUCAUCGAGACGAGUGGAGGAAAAAUGGAGGUCAGCAGUGAGCCUUCUGUCGGCACUACAUUUAUCGUAAAACUUUCUCUCACGAAGCCAACUGACCCGCCGCCACCGCUUCCCAAAAUAACGGAAUACCUUCCUGCGGUGGCUCGUUUGGCGGGACGUCGCGUAUGCAUUCUGCAUAGGAAACACCAUUCUCCCAGCGAAACAUCAGACUCUUUUGGAAACAGCGUUGGCCUCGGACGGUUCACAGAUGCGUUGAAAAAUACUCUGGAAACGCAUUUCAAGAUGCAGGUCGUACAAACAGAAGACUGGUCUGGUCACGAAGCCGACAUUGUUAUAUGUCCGGAGCCCUCCUUUGAAUACCUCGACACCAUAAGGAGGUGGAGAGUCAAUAACGAACGCGCGCCAGUCACCGUGUUCGUUGCCAUGGACGCACUCGAAGCAGCUACCUUUAGGUCUGACGUCCGGGUUGACAACAAAGAAAGCGUGGUGGAGAUCAUGACUCAACCUUGUGGGCCUUAUAAAUUGGCUUACAUUCUCGGCCGGUGUCUUGAUCGCUUCGACGAUAUCAGUGAGAAUAUCCCAAGCAAUACUAAUUCACAAGAGCAAGUAUCAUUUCCCCAGCCGAAGUCGCUAGAGCCCCCUCUGCUUCGCCACGGAUCACCCGAACAGUUCGUAGAAUCACCACCUCCUCCAGACUUUGACAUCGACAACUUGAAGUCACGUGUUACCCAAAUAGUGUCGCACGUUCCAGAGAGCGCACCGGUGGUCUUGAAGAAUGUGCUACCCAUACGCUCCAAAUCCACAGAUCCGCAUGUGCUUGUUGUUGACGACAAUGUCAUUAAUCGCAGGCUCCUGGUGACCUUCCUCAAGAAGCAAAAGUACAGUUACUCCGAGGCUGAGAACGGCUUGACAGCAUUACAAAUGUAUCAGAAUCCCAAUACUCGCUACGAUUUCAUUCUAAUGGACAUGUCGAUGCCGGUGAUGGAUGGCAUGACAGCCACGCGAGCUAUUCGACAAUACGAACAAGCUUACAACGUAUCUCGAUGCUGUGUUGUCGCGCUGACGGGUCUUGCCUCCAACAGUGCGAGGUUGGAAGCCUGGAAUGCGGGCAUCGACCAGUACAUGACCAAGCCCGUCAACUUCAAGAAGCUUGCGGAAAUACUUAAUCAGGAGACGACCAGGAGAGCUAGUGCGGAAGAAGCGAAGCAGGUCACUUAGCGCAGUUUGUUUUUCCUAUGGCCGGAGUAACAGUUCAUUUAGAGGAGGGAAGCGCACAUUUGGGUUGCUACAGGAGGAACACGAGGCUGGGUCUCGGGAUGUGACGGAC